AUGACGUCGCAUGCUUCUGAUACAGAGCGUGGCCGUGACGACGUCGUGGAGGUUGGCUAUGAGCCACUAGACAGUCAGCGAAUCGUGGACCUCGUAACAGACGCCCGAGCGGGUGCGAUCUCGACGUUCGUUGGUACUACGCGGAACAACUUCCAAGGCAAAAAAGUGGUGCGACUCGAGUACGAGGGCUACGCGCCCAUGGCCAUGUCGGAGCUGCACAAGAUCUGCGGCGCUAUCCGCGGCAAGUGGCCAGACGUUGUGCGUGUGGCGCUGUGCCAUCGGCUUGGAGUUGUCAACGUGACUGAGGCCAGUGUUAUUGUCGCAGUGAGCUCACCGCAUCGACGGGAGGCGCUGGAAGCUUGUGCGUUUGCCAUUGAUCGACUUAAAGCCACAGUACCCAUUUGGAAAUGCGAACAGUAUGAAGGCGACGAGCGUAUGUGGAAGGAGAAUCUCGAGUGGAGGGAUGGGGCUGCUGUGCGUGCGUCGUGUUGUAGCAAGAAACAAGCCAUGGUGCCAGCGGAGAAGACGUGA